AAACUAAUGGCCAUCUAUUUGGGUCCUGAAGAAGGAGGGGUAUUGCUCGUCGGACUACCGUAGGUGUGCUUGAGUUUCCCCCUCAUGUUACUGCGUACGUUUUGCCCGUCAAUGAUAUACAGUGUCGCCUUUAGUCGUCUUUCUGCUGGACGUUGUUUAGCCACAGUGGCCACACGGUUUGUGAUGCGGGGCUGAACUUGGUGCCGCGUUUUAGGGUUAAAGCAGGAGCAGCUAGCCACGCUAACGCUAAGCUACUACCAGCGCCUCCUCUAUAGUGAACCAGCGUCUAGAAGGGCGUACGAGUUUGACGUCUCCUCCUCAAGUCUCCUCACAUUUACAACGAGUUUUAGUUCAACGACAGUCCUCUCUUCCUCAAAGCAAAGCCCACCCAGCCAACAUGGAGGGGACACUCUUCCAAAGAGCAUGAAGAAGACGAGAGGCGGCGACUGAAAAGGAUUUACAAGCAACUCGGACUUGAUGGGGAAAAGUUGAGCUGAGGACUAACAACUUGGGGGGAAAUUACAGAAGAACGGUUUCAAGGCUCAAGCUUUUGUACAAGGGCAUGCGUAAAACUGAGUGAUGGAUACAACUGUUGUGAGCACAUCCACUCUGGCCUCUGAUGAGUUUGAUAGGAACAUGCCAAGGAUCUGUGGCGUGUGUGGUGACAAAGCCACUGGUUUCCACUUCAACGCCAUGACCUGCGAAGGCUGCAAGGGUUUUUUCAGGCGCAGUAUGAAGCGCAAAGCGGCCUUCACAUGUCCCUUUAACGGCAGUUGCACUAUCACCAAGGACAACAGGCGCCACUGCCAAGCAUGCCGGCUCAAACGCUGUGUGGACAUUGGCAUGAUGAAAGAGUUCAUUCUGACAGACGAGGAAGUACAGAGGAAGAAGGACCUGAUUCAACGGAGGAAGGACGAGGAGGCACAGCGCGAAGCAGAGAGGGAGGCACGGAGGCCCAGACUCACAGACGAACAGAGUCAGGUCAUCUCCACGCUAGUGGAGGCGCACCACAAAACAUACGACGACUCCUACUCCGACUUCUGCCGCUUCAGGCCUCCUGUGCGCGAGGGCCCAGUGACACGCAGCGCCAGUAGAGCUGCGUCCCUACACUCUCUGUCUGACGCCUCCUCUGACUCCUUCAGUCACUCUCCAGAGUCGGUUGACAACAAAAUGAACUUCAACAACCUGCUGAUGAUGUACCACGAGCAGGGCAGCAGCCCCGACUCCAGCGAGGAGGAGGGCUCCAGCUUCUCCAUGCUGCCCCACCUUGCUGACCUGGUCUCCUAUAGCAUCCAGAAGGUCAUCGGCUUUGCAAAGAUGAUCCCGGGGUUCAGGGAGCUGACUGCAGAGGACCAGAUUGCCCUGCUCAAGUCCAGUGCCAUAGAGGUGAUCAUGCUGCGCUCAAAUCAGAGCUUCAACCUAGAGGACAUGUCCUGGAGCUGUGGCGGGCCUGACUUUAAAUACCAGAUCAGUGAUGUCACCAAAGCGGGCCACACUCUGGAACUGCUGGAGCCCUUGGUGAAGUUCCAGGUCGGUCUGAAGAAGCUAAACCUGCAGGAGGAGGAACAUGUGCUGCUGAUGGCCAUCUGCCUGCUGUCUCCAGAUCGCCCAGGUGUUCAGGAUCACGCGCAGGUCGAAGUCCUCCAAGACCGACUGUCGGAGACCCUGCAGGCCUACAUCCAGCUUCACCACCCGGGAGGUCGGCUGCUGUAUGCCAAGAUGAUCCAGAAGCUGGCCGACCUGCGCAGCCUCAACGAGGAGCACUCCAAACAGUACCGCUCGCUCUCCUUUCAGCCGGAGCACAGCAUGCAGCUGACCCCGCUGGUGUUGGAGGUGUUCGGCAGUGAAGUCUCCUAAAUGCUCGGUGGUAGAGAUGCAGCGGGAGACGAGAUCCCUGGUGGAAUUGAACGAAAGGAGAGAGUUGAGGAUGUGCUGGAUGGACCAAAUUGGAGUUGUGGAGAUUGAAGUGAGUGGAAGAGAGAAAGUGAUGUGUGCGUGCGUAUUUGUGUGCGUGUGUCUCGUUUAAUUGAGGCUGUCUCGGCAUCAAGGUUGUAUGGAGAGAAAGCAGAUGUUUAGAGACACAGUAAACCGGAGACUUCAUGAAAUACAAAUUCAACUAUACAUACAACUUCUCUCUACGUACAGUGUUUUUGUCUGUAUUUAAAUCAACCAACAGCUGCUUCAGAUGCCAGGACAUUUUCUGUGUGCAUGUGAAAUGCACACACCAACACAACAAACACACUCAAUUAUUCAUUUUGCUAUUCAGUUGAGCUACCUCUUGGUUUUACUGGGGUUGUUUUAUACUUACAUCACCCAUGUGAAACUGUAACUUUAACACAGGACAAUUUAGAUACAGUGGGGUUGCACGGUGGUGCAGUGGUUAGCGCUCUCGCCUCAAAGCAAGAAGGUUCAUGGUUGGGACAGGGACAGGGCCUCUCUGUGUGGAGUUUGCAUGUUCUCCCUCUGCAUGUGUGGAUUCCGACCGGGUACUCCGGCUUCCUCCCACAGUCCAAAGACAUGCUUGUUAGGUUGAUUGGUGACUCUUAACAUUGCCCUUAAGUGUGCAUGUGAGCGUGCCUGGUUGUUUUAGUCUGUAUGUUGGCCCUGUGAUUGACUGGCGACCAGUCCAGGGUGUACCCCCGCUUCUCGCCUAGUGACAGGUGGGAAUCGACUCCGGCCCCCUUGCGACCCCAAACAGGAUAAACGGUAUAAAUAAUGGACGGAUGGAACUUAGAUACAGUACGGACAACUUUUCAGUGUACCUGACUUUUUAUGAUAUUUGUGAUUCCUUUGUUUGGUUUGUUUUCAUCUGCUUCUCUCCAAAGCAGCAUAUAUAAAUAUAUAUAUAUAUAUAUAUAUAUAUGACUGUGUAUACAAAUCAAACGCAUGCCUUUCACUUUUCACCAAAGGUAUGGUCUACUACUUUCUCAAUAAGCUUUCAGUACCUAAAAAUAACCUUGCUGCUGCUCCAUGGCUCGUUUCACCCAUGCAGCCAUUCGGCAUGGGAACAAGUUAUGCUACUGGCCUCGCAGCCAAUGAAGGAAAAUGUCAUAAUAUAGGAUAACUGCAGAGUGCAGAACUUAGUCUGUAAUUUAGUGAGGUUUUUUGACAGGACUUGGGGUGUAUGGUUUUGAGGUGAGAAUUAGCCACUAAAUGUGUUAGCUACUUUUUACUCUGCUAACUGUCAAUCAAACCAAGCCUGCAUUAUGGCUUGUUCCUCUCUUAUGGAAAUUAUUUUUUCAUUCUUCUCUGGUAUUGUUUAUUUCCUUGUAAAUAGUUAAUUACUACCACAUGUAUCCUAAGCACUGUUAUACCACCUUUACUCAAGCCUAUGUAUUGUUAUACAGUAUCUAUAUUAUCACAGAUUUUUAAAGGGCUAAGUUGCCAAAUCUAACUGGAAUAGUAAAUGAAGGCCAAAGCAAGGGGCCGGUCUUGUUUAUAUAUAGCUGCAUACCAUACUUGGAAUUGGCAUAGCUAUGGAUGUAAUUUCAACGGAUGCUUAUUUUUUUUUUGGUUGUUUUAUUGGUCAUUUCACUUUUAAAAACAAUUCCAUGAAUUGUUCCUCCUCAGUACACCGUGAGCUCGAUGGGCAGAGAGCUUCGGAAGCUGCUUCAGACCUCCAUAGAUAUCACACCCUUUCAUUUCUGACAGGGAUGUGGAUCCUCUAGAAUGUCAGAGGGCCUGAUUGUGUUGAUGGUGUGCACCUCACCACCCAGGCCCGUCCUGUUUGAUGAUGUAUGCUGCGCAGCCCUCUAGUGGCUGCAUUGUGUAAAU